CUUUUCUCAAAAAACCUAAGAGAAUGACCAUUGCCAAAAUCUUUCCAUGACGAUGAAGAUGAAGAUGGCUCAAGUUUCGGAUAUUCCGUCACCAGCCCCGCGAUACAGAUACUCGACAGUGGCUGGCAUUUUUAGCCCUUCGGAACCGGGCGUAGACGGCAAAAGUUUUGAUUAUGCACAGUGAUCCCAAUGACCAUUCUCUGCGGCUGCUAAUACGACAUCAGGUCAAGGAGAACCUGGGCUUGAGAUUUGCUAGCUGGACGGAUUUCACGGAAGAGGUGAAACGUUUAAAUUCCAACGCCCCGCCUGGUACUUUGUACAAAGUGCUCUUUCUUGGACGACACGGCGAAGGAUGGCACAAUGUGGCCGAGCGAAAGUACGGACGAGACGAGUGGAAUAGGUACUGGGCUAGGCAGGAAGGGGACGCCGAAGGAAGCUGGGUCGACGCACGUCUAACAGAGACUGGACUGAAGCAAGCAUCCACAGCUGCGAAUUUCUGGAAGGAACAGAUGACGAAAGGCUUGCCGGCGCCAGACAGCUACUACACAAGCCCAUUGUCGAGAUGCUUACAGACGUGCCACGGCACGUUUGGGAACCUCCAACUACCCUCCGACAGGCCGUUCAAGCCCGUGGUCAAAGAACUCCUACGCGAGACACUCGGUCGCCAUGCGUGCGACAGACGCAGCAGCAUGACGGAGCUUAGGUCGUUCAUUGCAACGUUUGCGCGGCCGGAUCCGUUUGUGUUCGAGCCAGGCUUCUCGGAAGUCGAUGCGUUGUGGAAGCCAGAGCCUCGAGAGAUGGAUGAGGAUACGCAAGCAAGACAGCGAAUCGUGCUGGAUGAGAUAUUCAAUCGCGACAAAGGACAGUUCAUUAGCAUAACGAGUCACUCUGGAGCAGUGCGUGCGAUGCUCGAAGUGGUUGGCCAUCGUCUCUUCCGCCUAGGCCAGGGAAGCGUCAUGGCCGUGCUGGUCAAAGCGGAACAGAUCGAAGCUUGACACAAUGACAAUGAUAGAAUACUAGAAAUUUCUGCAUGAAGGCGCGUGUAUUCCUUGCCCUACAAAGAAUAAACUGUCCUGUAGAAGAGAUUACAUCACCGAUCGCAGAUACAAAAUUCUGCGAAGGACCAGCUGCUCCAUUCAAAAUGCAAUGUUUUGGCAAUUUCA